UCAUGUUCAUGUCAAAUGUGUUCUCUCUCUGUCUCAUCUCAGUUGCAAUAAAGCAUCUAAUGUCUACAUCUCUUGGGCUGCCAUGGGUGACAACUGACAACGUAUUUGAAACCGAAAUUCUCGAGUCAGAUUCCUUACUCGAAGAAGAAUCUGUGUUAAAUACCGAUGGUCAAAUAAUCAACUUAUUUGACUUGUCAAUUUAUGCAUCCACAUUGCAGCAUGAAGAUAGGUGUAGGUAUGCAGCCAAACUAUUAUUAGUAGGUUGUGAUUGCCCGUACACAGUUCAUGAAGAAUAUUGGUGUAACGGACUUACAAUCAGUGAAAAAAUGCCUCAGGUUAUUAAUUUGAAUUUGGUGAAUUACCUCAUCUCUCAAUUAUAUAGCGAUGAAUUAGCAGCAAAAUCCAAACUGUUCAUAGGUGUAGUCUUGCCUGAAUUGACAAGUAAGUACUUCACAAAAACUCGAUACAACGUAACUACCGACGAAAAUAAUUAAAUGCCCUGUUUUUGUCAAAAAACCGUGAUAAAUCAAGAAAUGAUAAAAUGUGCCAAUCAGUCUUGUUUUGCUCGCAUGUAUCACAAAAACUGUAUUAUGUCCAUUGGUAUGAAGGUUUUCAGACAGUCAUGGGUCUGUCAUAUCUGCAAAAAAAAUCCACUUUGCCUACGAAGAAACAAUGAAUUGUGAUGUAAGCAUAAAGCAGCAAAGGAAACAUGAUACCAAAUUAAUUGUGUUCCAAAAUCAAGAUGUUUUAAGAGAAAUAAUAGAUAGUCAGAAAAUCA